AUGAAGCACAAACAAAGGGAAGCUUUCGAGAACGAUCUGGAUCUCAUGGAGGUACAAUUGAUCUGAUAAAUAUAAGAAAAACCUAGCGUUCAGGAACAAGAUGCUAUUUUCGAGGAAUGGGCCGCAGGAAGCUGUACAGACAUGGAAAAAGUGAGAGAAAAACAAUGAUUCUGAGAAUAGUUAGGGCAUUGCAGAACGACGAGGUGCUAGGCCUCGAAAAAGUCAUCGACCUGCCCUUCCGCAAAAAGUGAGUCUAUUAUGUAGAUCGAUGGUAUCAAACAGUGUAUUCCAUUUCAGAAGAGGAAACAACAAACCAACAACUUUUGCCACGUGUGAGGUCUGCGGAAUCCAUUUGAAGCAUCCAUCACGGAUCAAAGUAUCAUUCAGACUCUGAGAUUCUCAAGAAUCAAUUUAAUUCAGGAGCACAUGCGAACUCACACUGGAGAGAAGCCGUUCGAGUGUGAUAUUUGCGGAUUGCGAUUCAGUCAGAAGACUCCGAUGGUUAACCAUUACCGUGUGCAACACAUGAGAGAUCUUCCAUUCCAGUGCAGUUUCGGAUGCGGAAAGAAAUUUGUGAAUAACUCGCGAAAGAAUGCUCACGAGUUGAGACACAUUGGAUUGGUAAGCUUUAAUGUUAGAAGACAAGAAUACAAUUUUAUGUUUCCAGAAACGAACUGGUCCGCCGAGACCGCACCUCAAACCUGUGAAGAAAAUAGUGUGCCGUCAGUUAGAAAUGGACUCAUCACGCACUAUCCGCGGCCUGUCCGUUUCUGCCACCGCCAACUUCAUCCGUCCGCCGUCUCUGUUAGUUAUUCGAACAUUUUCUUCAAUGCAUCAGUUUAUUUUGCAGAGCAAAUGGUUUUCAAGAACAUCCUGGCCCGUCAGGUUCUUCUGCUUCGCCACCGCCUCCGCCAUUCUUCCCUGAAGAUAUGGAUUCAGGACAGAGAAUCGACGAUGUCAUUUCUUCCGUUCUUGCUAGAGUUCUGGCUCCGCCGCCCGAAGAAGUUCCUGCAGAGAAGGUGGACGAUGAGUCGUCGAAACGGCAGUACUUGUCAACCCGCACACCCACAGUUGCGCAAUGCAACAUUUGUGGUCUCAUGCUCAAACAUCCGAGCAAGAUUGCCGAGCACAUCAGAACGCACACGGGCGAAAAGCCGUUCCAAUGCGGAGAGUGCGGCAUGUUCCUUUCGAAGGCGACCUCGCUCAAGGUGCACAUUCGUCGAAUGCACACGAGCGAACGGCCGUUCCCGUGCGAAUGGGAGUGUGGAAUGUACUUUGUGACGGAAUCGAUCAAAAGGGAGCACGAGAUGGCGGUGCACGCGGGAGUUAAGAGAUACACGUGCAUUGUGAAGGGCUGCAACACGUUCUUCGCGCGACGAAGCUAUCUGAUGAGACACCGAAAGAACGUGCACGGAGAACUGUUCUGCGGGAUCUUCGAUCCUGCGCAAGUUGCUGCCGAGGAAGCUGCAGAUCCAGUCAUCGACGAGAAGACUCUGUUCCUCGACGGAGGAGAUCAGAUGUUGUUGCUCGGCGAAGAUGUCAAACUGCUCAGUCAAUUCGACGAGGAGGAGUUUGUCGAGCAACAGAUGAGUGCCAAAUGA